CAUAAUGAGCCUUUGGCGUGCAAAACAGGCGUAAGCUAUUAAGAAAGUUUGGCGUAUAUAUAACGCUUCUCAACUCUCAAGUCCCAACUAUCUGUCUCACACCCUUAUCCCCCAAAUACACAUCCAUCUGGCUCUAGAUUUGAUUAUCAUUCCAAUCAGUUUGCACUUUUCUGACUGACGAUUGACGAAGAAGAAUAUUUUAGCUUUGUUUGUUCGUUGCUUCCAAUCCUAGUACUCAAGUUUCAUGUCUGACAUCGACGUCCAGAUUCCAACUGCCUUCGAUCCAUUCGCUGAGGCAAAUGCUGAGGACUCGGGUGCUGGUUCAAAAGAAUACGUUCAUAUACGUAUACAACAAAGAAAUGGUAGAAAAAGUCUGACAACUGUUCAAGGUUUGAAAAAAGAGUUUAGUUACAAUAAGAUUCUCAAAGACCUUAAAAAGGACUUCUGCUGUAAUGGUACAGUUGUUCAAGACCCUGAGCUUGGUCAGGUGAUCCAACUUCAAGGUGAUCAGAGGAAAAACGUUUCGACCUUCCUUGUUCAAGCCGGCAUAGUGAAGAAAGAGCGUAUAAAGAUUCAUGGUUUUUAAAUGGCAUUUGUGGUCGUGAUUUAUUUGUUUUUCUAAUUGUUUCCACUUUUCUUCACUUUAUUUUCCCUUACUAUAUUCGCUCCUUUUAUUUGUCGUGUUUUAAUAUUUAUGUUUGUUUCCAAGAGUUAUAAAAUUGUAAUCUCAUGAUUUCCAUUUCCAUGGUUGCUAGUAAUAAUUUAUUGGUGUUUUUGAA